CCUGUCGUCCAGUCCCGAAAGAUGCUACAGGCCCGCCAACCGCACCCUUUUCUGGUUUCCACAGCAUCUGCAACAUCACAACAGCCCUCUUCCCUGCUUUCCUUGGUAAUCCAUGGACUUUGUUACUUCGGACUAAACUACUCUAGUUUCCCGUGCCUAACGUCCCUGCAUUUUGAAGGGCCCUGAAAUGACAAAGCUGCCCAAUGGAUUCCCAGUCGCCUUGCGACACAGGCAGAACAGGACACACACUCACACACACACACACACCACAGACUCUCAAGUCUAAACGCACACGCCCGGCCCUUCUUACACUAUGGUCAGCCCCAAAGCUUCCAGGGCUAUCCCCACACUGCCUCACACCUCGCGCCUGGGCUGGCACCUCUACUCUCAUACCAAAGUCUGCUUUCCAAGCAAUGCUUUCCAAGGUCCAAGGUGCAAAGUUAGUCGGGCUGAGGUUGAGUCACUCAAUCUUUGCUUCGCCUACACCACACACCACCCAGCAGCGAGACAUUCCACAAGGCAUUUAUUCCACUUGACCCGGUCCAGGUCCCGGUCCAUGUCCAGGUACCUUUCUCAUGGCCAGGCAGGCCAAACCUUUUGCGGGCCUUUUCUUCUCCUGUCUCUUCUUUCUCUCUGCCGUACCGUACACCCCGGGGACCAAGCAUGCCCUGCCUACGAUGAUGGAGGCAUCCCAGGUCUGGGUGUGGUGUCUGCAAACACCUCCCAUCUAUAUAUCCUGCCAUGCCCUCUGCCUUUCUUCCUAGACUCGAACAUCUUCUUCACCAAACUCUCAAGUCAAGCACUUGUCAACCAAACUUCACAAAGACCAUACCAGCUCAACUUUCUUCAACAGACACAUCACCUUUGGAGACCAACCUCCUUUACCAUACAACACAACACAACACACAACUCGAAACCCAACUCGAGUAACACAGAACACACCAUGGCCUCUAGAUACAGCUCCUCUAAGCCGGUCGUCCACCAGGCCCCGGCCUCCAUUAGCAGCGCCUACUCGGCAUCAACGGGCUCCUACGCCUCAUCAAGAGGCUCCUCCACCCCUCGCUCCAUCUCCCCCAGCGACGAGGCCUACCUCCGUGUCUACGGCGCGGACCAGCACCGAGCUGCCAUCAAGGAGAACAGCGGCGUCACCAUCAUCAACCGCAAGCAAUCCGGCUACGACGCCCACGCCCCAUCACCACACUACGGCGGCGGAUACUCGCGCCACUAGAGUAAGCGAUGCCGAUGCGACUCUUACACUUUUCAACGACAACACAUCAACUACUUCACUUUGUAAAUGCAUAAAGACUGGCGUUAUUUGGGGGAAUAUCGGGCAUAAGCAACUGGGCGGCUUCGCACUCCUGUACAGCAU